AGUGCUGGACGGCGUAGUGCACGGCCAGCGCGUCGUCCAGGUCCAGCCCCUCGCCCAUCACCAUCAGCUUGACGAGCUCGAUGUCGGCGGCGUCCAGCGCGCGCCGCAUGCGCCGGAUCCGGUGCUCGCGGUCGGCCGCCGACGACGCCGCGUUGAUGGGGAGGUAGUGGUGGGUGAGGAACGGCGAGCGCGGCCCGGCGCCGCCCGCGGCGGCGGCGCCGCCGGGGGACUUGGCGCGGAUCUCCUCGAUCUUGGCGACCACGUCGAUGGGGAGGUGCUUGGCGAGGAGGUCGGCGGAGAGGCCCGAGCGCGCCACCAGGUGGGAGCAGGCGGCCCAGAGCUCCUGCAUCUCGAACUUGCGCGACGCCAUCAGCACCUUCAUCACGUCGUCCACGGACGCCUCCUUCACCAUGGCCUCCAGCUGCUUCUGGACGAGGAGCGCGAGCUGCUCGACGCCGAAGGAGCGCGCAGCGGCGAGGGUGUCGAGGGCGAGGUCGACGGCGGCGCCGCAGCGGGUGUGCCAGCAGCCCCUGGCGCCGCAGCCCGGGAGCGGGCCGCUCUUGGGAGCGGCGACGGAGGCCUGGCCGCUGUAGAGGAACUGGAGCACCAGCACCAGCACCUCGUAGCGGAUGGAGCUGACGGGGAUGACGAGGUCCGGCGCGCGCCCGCCGGCGGUGGGUGGGGGCGGCUGGUGGCUCGGGUCCAGGCCGCAGAAGAGCUUGCGGAAGAAGAGGCUGCGCGCGGCCAGCACGCAGCGGUGCGCGUGCACCAGCCGGCCCUCCACGCUGAAGGCCACGUCGCUGAAGGCCUGCCCGUUGAUGAGCAGGUUCAGGUAGUCCAGCGACAGCGACUUGAGCGAGUCCUCCGAGCUCAUGAUCUCAUGUGCUUGUGCGGCCUGGAACUGGAACUGGAACUGGACGGCCCCCCGGUCGGUCCGGUCGGCGCGCGCGGCCUUUGUUUCCUGGGGCCGGACUCCGCCGCCGGAGCAGCGCUAGAGGCCGGGAGGGAUCGAUAAAGGCCGGCCGCGCUUGCGCGCGCGGAGCGGAUUUUUGGAGGGAUUGGGAUUGGGAGGGGGGGAAAGCGGAUGGAUGGAAAGAAAUUAAAGCGAGAAAGAAAGGCAGCACAGCACGCACGCACGCACGCACAGCGGCCGGGCGACGACGCAACUGUGUCUGUGUUUGUGUGGAGGGGAGAGGAAGACGAUGGAAAAGGCAGACAGGCUGGUAGCUAGGGUGAAGUGAAGAAGGCAAGGCGCUGUGAAAGGGACGGCCGGAGACGGAGAUGGAUCGAGCCAGCAGACGAGAGGCGUGCUGCUAGCUAUAGCUAGCCGGCCUGCUAGCUC